AUGUUUGGUGCCAGUGACUUCGGACUUGAGAGGCUCAGCGAGCGGAGAUGCGUGCUCGAAGUCGAUCUACAGCACAUGUCGCCAGACGACAUUCCAAAGAACCGUACUUAUCGGAUCCAAGCGCAGAAAUCUGGAGUUAUCCAUGCAGUUCUAUUUGACUGGGACAUUUGGGCUGAUCCGCAGAAGAAGGAGGUCCUGAGCACUGCCCCGGGAUCACGCAACUUUGCUGGAGAUGUUGCAUGGGGGUGGCUCUUGCAGCUUCAGGAAGCUGCUGGGGAGAACUGGCAGUUUGGCGAUUCGCCACAGCAGCUACGCGUUGAGGCUGGGCAGUGGCUGGAGAUGGUUGUGGAGUACAUAGCGCAUGGCGUCAGUAUGAAUGUUCGAGUUCGACAUUCACCACAGGGUGCAACCUUCACAUCUCAAGACGCACUGCCAACCCUCAGCUCCCCAUCCAGGAUCCUUCGCCCUGAUCGCUUUGCUGUGAAAGAGGCAAAUGAGUUUGUGCUGCCAAUUGCUGGAGAUCAUGAACGACAUGACUUCUAUGCAUUUGCAGUUGAGGAAGCUGUGCGACAACUCCAGCAAGACAACCUCACGCUCCUCAAUCUCACGCUCCUGGAUUGCAGCAGCAAUGCUGGUAUGCCAGGCUUUUGGGCCGCAAAUCUUGGAAUCAAGUCUUUGGUCAUGCCUCGCUGGGAUCACAUUGCUGGUGUCUUGCGGCAAAUCGCCGAGGAGAGCGUCAUUCCCAGAAAUCAUACUGCCGAGGUUCUAGCUGGUGAUCCUCGCGAAAUGUUCGACAUCCUUCUCCCUGAGAACAAACGCGCAAACAUUGUGGUCAUGGACCCUCCAGGUACCCCCCUACAUGGCUUGAGCCCCUUUGCACUCCUGCCAUCCAUCCGCAAGGAGCUGCUUGAGGCAAAUGGACUGGUCGUGCCUGGCCAUGCCUGCUUGGAGGUGGCCUUGAUGGAAAGCGAAGAGCUUUCACAGAUGUUUUCAAUACCUGGAGGGCACUGGCAUGAGGUAGAUUUGAGGGUAUGGAACGAGGAGGCGAGAAAGCAAGGUGUUCUAAGUCAACUGGUUCCCUACACAAAGUGGUUGGGAUCACGCUCAUCUUUGCGUUUCAGGUGGCUUUCUGCGCCCAAAUGUGUUUACCAUGUGGACCUCAACACGUGGCCUCAUGGACUUCCUGCCAAGGAGAACUUUGGUUUGGAGCUACGCGUUGAAGAGGAGGGUUUGGUUCAUGCCAUUGUUGCGCGUUGGGCUGUUUUCUCUGGUCCAAGGCGACUCAGCGCAGACAGCCGUUAUUUGGGCCGCGAUUUGACUUGGCCUCAUUAUGUGCAGGUAGUCGCCCAGCCUGACACAGAUCCAGGCCUCUUGGAACCAGUGCCAACAAGCAAAGGCCUUGCCAAGUUGCAGCUGUCGGUGCGUCAUGGUCCAGCAAAGGUCACUGGUGCCGCAGGCCCUGAGUUCACGCUGCGCCUUCAAGCUGGCACAGGUGAUGGGAGAGCAGAGCUGUGA